AUGAGUGACCUCUUCCAGUUGGCACUUUCUGACAGCGAGUUACAUCUGUGCAAGACGUUAUGCCAGGGAGCAUUUUUAUGCAUCGGCGUCCACCUCGGCCUGGGUGGGAUGGUGCGCGGCGAGCAGAGUCCCAUCCAGCAGCCAUCGCCACUGGUCAGCGGCGUCAUGUCGAUCCUCGAUGUGGACGAGAAAAGGGCCUUGGGCUUCUGUGACGCCCAGAUCCUCUCGGGUGCCGACGAGUUCUUUAGCGUGUUGCGAGACUCGGCAACCAUGCCAGAGGUCUCGCACAACAUUCGUAUCCACAUGGAAAAGCUCCACGAGUACCUCCCUUACGAGGUGCUGCCUCCUGUAUUCUCACCACCCAAACAAAAGGUCGAGGAUGAAGGUCGUGAGGGUCAAGUCAGGCACGAUAGUCCCGAUGCUCUGAAUGACACCGAAGUCACCAGCAACUCUGAGAUGAGCAUAGCAUCUAAGCCCAUCAGCAUGGAUGAGAAAGCAUGGCAGAUAAUUGCAUCGCCGCUACCAGCCCCAUCUCUAGAACCCAUCAUAGCACCGUUCGAUUACGUCUGCUCCCUCAAGUCCAAGGGCGUGCGCAACAAGCUCAUUCGGGCUCUGACCGCAUGGAUUCCCAUGUCGGAAGCGAGAUUAGAGUUCACCAUGUCGUUGAUUGCCGAUGUGCACAACACCUCGCUUAUACCUGCAUACGACCAGGCUGACCGCGAAUCUAGGCUGGACGAUGUCCAAGACAACUCGCCCCUCCGGAGGUCGUGUCCAGCAACGCACACCAUAUUUGGCGUGGCCCAAACAGUAAACUCAGCCGUGUACCAGACUGUGAAUUUGAUCAACAGGGCUUUCAACUCGGGCAACCUCUUCCUGACCAAGGAGCUUAUUGCCGGCAUUGAAAGUCUUCUCGUUGGUCAAAGUCUGGACCUUGCCUGGACCCAGGAAGUCAACUUACCGACUGUGGAAGAAUACUUACAAAUGAUCGACGGGAAAACCGGGGCUCUGUUCGUCAUGAUUUACCGUCUUAUGGCAGCCGUUUCCCUUACGGAAAAACCAUUGCCAAACUUGGAUAGAUUUAUGCUACUACUCGGGCGCUACUUUCAAAUCCGAGAUGACUAUUUAAACCUCGCAUCGCCCAAGUACACCGAGGCCAAGGGCUUCUGCGAAGACCUGGACGAGGGCAAGUGCAGCUUCGUGAUCCUGCACGUCAUGAACAACGCCAAGCCGCGGUCUCGGACGAUCCUGCGCAAUAUCCUGCUCCAGCGGAGAAACGGAAGCCUGGGCAUCGGCCACAAGGAGACGAUCUUGGCCAUCAUUGAAGAGACUGGUUCUUUGGGCUUCUCAAAGCUGUUGAUGCAGAGGCUGGAGGAUGAAAUGUUCAAAGAGCUGGAGACAAUCGAGGCUGCUACGGGCGAAAGAAAUCCAGCUUUGAUGGGAUUAAUGGAUGCAUUGAGAAGUUAG